AUGUUUCGCAGAGAGCAUCCACUUGGUUCACAGAAAGAAUCCAUUGAUUACAUUUUGUAUGGAGCUUUUGAGUACACCGUAGACUUGACUAUGUUGGAAGUUGAGUGUCGAAGCAAUAAGAUUAGAAAAUACGGAUCAAUAUCAGUAUCUGGGCAACUGCCCACCUACCCCUCCCCUAACCCCAACUUGUUAUCAACUGUCAACUGACUAUUGUUGAGUUAGGGGAGGGGUAGGUGGGCAGCUGCCCAGAUACUGAUAUUGAUCCGAAAAUACAAGUAUACACAUGGGGAGGUGACGAAUAGCUAUUCCCAAAACAAUUCAAAAAUUAUUGGACGGUGUUGAGCGCAAUAUUUGUUUUUGGUGAGCUGGUCCAUAAUGAUUUAUCUGUGAGAUACUGGCAGAACACAAUGAUUUUAUUACUUAAUGUCCAAUCGUUGCUUUAUUUUUCAAUAAACGAUUUUGUUUUGAAAUAGUUCACAUUCUGAGACCUUGUUGGUUUGAGAAAAUACAAAUACAAACUAGUUAAGUUUACGAUUACUGAUUUAAGGCAGAUCCAGCGAUACGAGUUCGCGAGCAUCAUGACCCUAAUAGUUCCUAUACCUCAGCCUGCAAAUUCGAGGUCCGGUGAACAACAACUUCCUUUUGCAAAAUAGAUGAGCCCUGACAAAGGCUAACUCAUGCCCUUGAUGGCUUGAAUUGCUAAGUAGACGAUGAAAAACCUUGAUAUUGAGUGGUUAACGCUUGACAGAAGAUAAUCAAUUCAAAGUUGACGUUGGAAAGGCUGGAAUCCAUCUCAGAAAACCAAGGCUCAGGGAAAGAGAUUCACACAGGUAACGCGUAAACUUUAUUUCUUACUAUUUCCUUACUUAUCAUUUUUCUUCCAUGCUUCCCGGAAACUUGAACCAGUUAUAUCGGGUAAUCGCUUAUCUUAGCUAAGUUUCUGCUCAGCAGAGUGUUUCAAAAUGGCUCUUCGACUCUUUAAAGAACAUCUCAUACAGUUUUUCAUGAAGAAUGACAGUUUUGCCUGCAUCAUCUCGCAUUUUUUCACUUUUGCGCAGUAAUUUUUAGUAGUUAGUAUCAAAGUCACGGGUCUUAAUAUCUGAGCCCUUUGGAUAAAUACCAAUUACUAUGUAGUUCUCACCACAGCAUAGAUUUAUUGAAAGUAAAUAAUCCGAAUUCUAAAAGUUUCAAUGUCUGCAUAUCAGAGAUAUCCAUUUUAGUCGAGGCGCUCUAUCUCAAUCGAUUCGCAGUCAAAAACAGUUUCCAGUUUCUCUUUCAAUAUUUGAAUUUUAUUAAUAGAAUGAGACAUUCAAAGUCAAUGCAGAGACAAAACAAAUUAAAGAGAGAAUAAUUAUACUUUGUCUGUGUUCAGUUAGUUGUUCACCACAGUAAAAGUACAGUAGUAAAUACAGCCAUUUUUUCAAGUUUUUUCGCUGUUGAUUUGAAAAAAUAGAGCUAAAGAGGAGUUUUAAGGUUUUGGGAAUUCGAAACUUGAACAAAACAAGAGUUCAUUUUCUCAGUAAGUUUACGUAUCCGCUACAGCGGAGUCAUGCAUUAAAUGGCUUGGGUGGGUGGGAAAACAAAGGGGUCUUUGGUCAGGCCGCACCUGUCACCACGAUAAAAGGCUCCCGUAUAUCAGAAAUUACAAAGGACUUCGUGUUUGAUUUAAUUCACGGCUGACUAGUUUUUCAUGUACUUUGAAGUUCUCGUCUCAGGAGAGAUUUCCUUAUAAUUUUACUAUAUUUUGGUCUUCCAAUUGAUUUAUUCUGCAAACGGAAAGGAGAUUCACAGUUUUGACCUUUUAACUCCCAGAUCAAAUUUGUAAUUCUCCUUACUGUCAACCAUACAAUUCUUAUAGAGUUAGUUCAGAGAAUUUAAUAUUGAAUAAACCUAUCAUUCCCAAAUUGAUAUUUUUCUAUAUUCUCAUCACGUAUCUGGUUGACAUUGUAUUGAUAUUGUAAGGAGAAAUUCUGUCUUGGUCACUCAUGGGAGUUAAAGUGUUAAACGAGGUAAGCGCUCUCAACGGAGUGCACUUGUGCACACCUCCAUGAUAAGCUUGUUGAUAUCCGAGUAAUGACUUCGAACCGAGUAAUCUGUCUUCAAACAUCUCAUAAAAUACACUUCAUGGCCCUCUCUGUAUCGUUCAACUAUUAAUUUGCUAUUCACAAGUACUGCGUAGUACUAAGUAGUAAGCGGAAAAUUAUACCUUGUCUGUAUCAACGUGUGCACACCUCCAUAUCGAGUAACUCUAUACAUAGAGAGUCAAGUCAGAGUUGGUAAUCAGUGGAAAGGAUAAGAUUGUUAUAGGGAAACUAGGAUCACUUUAGGAACAUAAUUUUCGGUAUUAAGACGUGUUCCUUUUUUUCCUUUCGCUUACUGUUUUGAAACCUGAGAACAUCGAUAUAAUUAAGUGGGAACUUUCUGCCAACCGUUCAGCACCGUUCAGCACCGUUCAGCACCGUUCAGGAUGAGAGCUUGAUUAUCAUGUUAGUUAAGUUGCUGCUCAUGGGGCUAUUUUGAAGGGAUCCAAGAUUUUCUGAAGCACUUCCUGAUAUGUUUCUCACAAAAAAUAUCAGGUUUGACCAUGGCAUUUUCAUUGAUGCUACAUCUCUCAUCUCUGUUCAAGAAACUCGUGUUAGAAUAGUUUGAACCUGUGGGAGAUUGUUCCGUCGAGUCUUGUGUUUUAAAUCUCUUAGUUCUCGAUAGGUAAAUUCAAAAGGGUUGGGGAGGAAGCCCUUCCUAAUAAAGUAGGCGUAAACAUUGGAAACAAGGCUCUGGUGAAUCGACAAGAUCGGGUCACGCAAUUGCGAAGGUGACUAAGAAUACAUGCAGUGAUCUACGGCGAACUUGAUUUUUUGAUUGACUUGAAGAAAGUUGCCGGCAGUUGAUUGUGGAGAGGCCUGGAUUAUUUGCAGAAAAAACCGUGCGCAGCUCAGUGUAAUCUUAAUUUGGAUGGGGAAAUGUUUGUCUUUUCAUUGCCAUCAGUUACUGUUGUAACAUCGAUGCUUAUUAGAAACUUAAAUCAUGUAUCUACGCUUGCUGUUAAAAUUAGGUUGAGCAUCAAGUCAGUUAGCUUUCUUGUAACGAAAGUAUUUCAAAAAUGUUUCCAGACUCUCUAUUUCACUCAUAAAUAUGUUUAAAAAUUAACAUAAUGCUGGUUUGACCAUAGUAUCUUGAAAAUAUAGCCACAGCUGUCAUCUUAAUUUGCGCGAAAUUUUACUGUGGCUGAAUCAUAAUGCUCUGCAUCUCAGAGUGAUUGUUCGCUGGUUGAAUAAUUUUAAAUUGUUUCCCCCUUUUUUCCAAUAUCUCCUCUUAGAAUGAAUCAUUUUGCAAGUUCUUGACCUGUGAUUGCUCUAAUUUUUAGGAAUAUCCUAAAUUUACAUCUUUAGACGAGGAAACCUUUAGCUUUUUUCAUUUUUUACUUGUUUAGUAACCCUUCAAAGUAAGCCAUGACGUUCUGUCCCGAGUUUCAAUUCGGUAUUGAUUUAGUGGAAGCCGCUAUUGCUCAACGCCAGUUCCUGCGGAUCGUUGAUGAUUAUCCAAGUUUAUACGCCGGUCCACACGUUCGAAAUGCAAUCAGAAGGUAUGCUCUGUUCCUUUCAUUGACAGUACUAAACAAGGAAUUCUUGAGAAGACUGAUCGAAUGCAACCAAUUGUUUUUAUUUCAUGAAAUCUACUGCUUUGCUAUUUUCUCAGUAACAAAAAUCCCUUUUGCCUUGACUAUUUCCUUUUCCUUUAGAUAUGAACUUUUCUGGCUGCCUUUGCUGGCUCAUAUGCCACUCGUAUCAAGAAAUGGUUUAUUCCUUUGAACGUCGCAGCACCACUUGACAUCGCCUGGGUGUGGCAUGUGCACAUGCUGUCCCCUGUCGAUUACCAGAGGGACUGUAAUGAAAUUGUCGCCACUUUGGUGGAUCAUAAAAUACUAGUCGGUGAGCAACGUGAUAAAGGGCUUGUAAAGGCCAGGGCCCUAUGGGAAAAGGUGUAUCCCGAAGAACCUUUUGAAGUAGACCUGGCGGCCCCUGUUUGCGACGCGCCAGAUUUCCAAUCAAGAAUUGAAUAUGACAUCGAGGCUGCUUGCGCUCGACAGAGGGUUUUUAAUUAUCAGGUGUCCCUACCUCAUUUUGCGGGCAAGAGAUUUUUGACCGAAGCAGUGAAGAGGUAUAAAUUGCAUCUUUAUCUGAAGCAAAAAAAUCCAGAAUUGUUUUUUGUACCGUGCUAUGACUUUGAUCUUAUUUGGCACGCACAUCAGCUUAAUCCAUUAAUCUACACACAAGACACCACGGAAAUCCUAGGUAAAGUAUACGAUCACAAUGAUUCAGUGAACGACCGACGGCCAGGCUCACAACUAAGCAAGUCUGAAACAGUAACACGAGAGAAAUGGAAAAACCUGGGCCAGAUAUUUGCACUAAAUGGAGCCAUGUUUCGCGGAGAGCCUCCUCUUUGUACGCAGAAAGAAUCCAUUGAUUACAGCUUGCAUGGAGCAUUUGAGUACACCGUGGACUUGACCAUGUUGGAAGUUGAAGGUCUCCCAAAAUCGAAAACCUACACUGUCAAAAUUGAAGAUGUCAAUGGCUCGCAAGUGCUAAAGGUGCAAGUUCGUGGACCUGCUGCAAGAGUUACAAAAUCUAAUGGUGUGUUAUCAAGGUUUGCAUACAAAAAGAAGAAUAGCGGAAAUUUGAGGGUAAGUGUUCUUAUACAAUUUUUUUUCUUUAAUGUUUUAUUUCCAUCCGGACUUGAAGCUAGCUUUUUAAUAAAUUAUUGACAAAACUGACAUACCUGAAGGUUUUGUAUAAACGAAUAAUAAUAGGUAGUCGUAUCUAGCCACAAGUCAUAUUACAAUCAUAGGCUUUCCGCAGUGAGUAAUCUUACUGAGGGUUGCCGAAUUACUGAGAACAUUAAGAUUCAUUGAUGAAAAAUUAUAGCGGAGCUCGCAGAGCGUAGCCCCAUGAUUAUACAAAACAGUAGUAACUCAUCAAGCCGCAAAAAUUUGGAUGUACGACCGUACGACCGUACAAGGUGCUACUUUUGACAUGCGUGGUUUGGUUUACUUUGUUAGGUUCGUAUUCAGCAACAUGGGACUUGCUCUUGCUUUUCACAUUUACUAGACGAGUCUGCAGAGUAUUACUUCUCAGCCGAAUAUCUGGCCUGGAGAGUCUCCUACAAAAGUAACGUGGUGCCUCAACCGGAAACGCACAAGUUAACCAUUGCUGGAAACCUGAUUGUUCGGUUUACCACUGUGGUGCAUCCACCUCAGCCAGAUGAAUACAUUUUCACAGUAAUGCCAAAUGGGGAUUUCAGCCCAGUCCAAGAUGCUGCUUCCAUUUUGAGCUCACCAGCACUGUUCCUUUCGCCUUGUUCUUUGAACCAAACCCUGGCUUCCAGUGAAAUGUCAAUGCAUCGGCUACUGGAUUAUUGGGGACGAGAAGCGUUUACCUGCCGAGUGAUGCACUCCGCUGAGUUGCUGUUCUCCUCCGUAGAGGUCAUGAACCGCGUCGGUAAUGUUGUUAGCACCGCGCACCUUCUACGCGAAAAUAUCCUUCCGACGAAGGAGCAAGUCGGCAAGCCUGAUUUUUGUUGCACUUUGAAUGAGGCGGGAGGGAUAAGAGCCAUAUUGAUUAGAGGGUGCAUAGACUGGGGCAUCUGCAUCGGCAAAUGGAAAGGAGCUGUAAAGGGUGUCCCUGGUGUACCUGGAAUAAAAGGGUCUGAAGGUAGUCCAGGUGUUAAAGGAACGCCUGGUGUGAAGGGCCAACCGGGUGAUUUGUGCAUCGAGUUCUUCUCAUUGUCCGGAGCACAAGAGUGGAAAAGAGUGAAGAAACGGAGAGAAAACUUCAGGGUAAGUCUUAGCAAAAAAGAGAUAGUGAACAUAAACCUUCGGACUGGAGUGAUCUCUUUUCCAUCCGCAAUAAGUGCCGUACCAGAAAGCAUUGCACUGGGAUUCUCUAUAGCUGUCCUUCAUCUUCUGUGUCAGCCUAACACUUCGACAAGAAUGACCGACCACACGAAGCCAUCAGUUAUGGCGUCAAGCCUGGAAGACAAACCUCGCAGAAUCCGUUGUGAAGACCUGGCGCUGGUAGUCGCAGCAGGGUUCUAUGCCACCACUGUACCGAGCUACGCAUAUGUUAAUUUCAAACUUGGGGAUGCCUGUGGUGGCGGUGGUGGAUGCGGAGGUUGUGGAGGAUGUGGAGGUUGUGGAGGAUGUGGAGGUUGUGGUGGAUGUGGUGGCUGUGGCUGUGGCGGCUGUGGCUGA